CCGCUUCUCCUAUCGCUUUAAAGGACAAUUACAGGCAGGAUAGCACGGUUAGGGGUUUUUUUUCUUCACCCUGAGGCGAGCAGUCACGCCUUUCUCACACCGGGAAUUUCAGCAGUGUGCUGUGACACGCAAGUGGGAAAAACCCGAGGAUUGGAAAAAGAAAGGAAAAUAAAGAAAAAAGGAGAACGAAAGAGAGGAAAAAACUGGGGAGCCAUGGUUAGCUGAGAGAGAGAGAGAGAGACGUCGCUUUCACGCUUUCUAUUCAUCUGGAUGUGAAGUGUUCAAGAGAAAACCACACACACACACACACACACACACACACACACACACGGGGAUUAGACACCUCCCGAACAGACGAAUCGGACAUGAUUCAAUUAGCACGUUUGUCGGACUAUGGAGCGGGCGCAGUGUGAUGGGACACACAGCACGGAGAUAAGUUCAGGACGCCAUGGAGACCGCUACAGUGAUUAGCUCAUUCAGCUAACACCAUCACCAUGACGGGAGCUUGAUUGAUCACAAUGUGGUGUUUGAUGGAAACCCGGAUCUCACCCACAUCUGGAUCCUUCACGGCUACGUCCAGAGUUUGUUGAUCACACAAACACAUACACACACACACACGGAUACGUUCGUCAUACGGACACCUCGAGCGAGUGAUGCUGGCGUCGUCAUCCCGCUUUCAGCAAACUCGUCCAUCCAGACAAUCAGACGUCACUCCGUGCCUUUAUUAACGCUCUCGUUCAUCAGAAACAACAUGGCCGACCAGAGCAACAUCCAGUGCGCCGCUUCUAAAAGCAUCCGGCCGUUUAAGUCCAGCGAGGAGUACCUCUACGCCAUGAAGGAGGACCUGGCCGAGUGGCUGAACGGCCUGUACGACCUGGACAUCACGGCCGACACCUUCAUGGAGAGCCUGGAGACGGGCUGCGCUCUCUGUCGCCACGGCAACAACGUGAACCGCGCCGCGCUCGAGUUCUUGUCCCAGCACCCGGACUCGGCGCUCCUCGCUCCCAGGCGGGACGUGGCGUUCCAGUCGCGCAACGUGGUUCCCGGAUCGUUCGUAGCGCGCGACAACGUGUCCAACUUCAUCGGCUGGUGCAGGCACGAGCUGCGCAUCAAAGACGUGCUCAUGUUCGAGACCAACGACCUGGUGGAGCGCUGCAACGAGAAGAACUUUGUGCUGUGCCUGCUGGAGGUGGCGCGCCGAGGGGCCAAGUUCGGCAUGCCCGCCCCCAUGCUGGUGCAGCUCGAGCAGGAGAUCGAGGAGGAGAUCCGCGACCAGGAGAACCUGCAGGAGAACGCGGACAAGCCGAGCAGCAGGACGUUUAACCGGGAGAAGAGAAACAGCGACUCGGAGCCGGAGCUCGUCAACAGCUGGAAACAGCAGAAAAGAGUCCUGUGUGACAUGCGCAACCUGGACGAGCUGGUACGGGAGAUCCUCGGCCAGUGCUCGUGCCCCGCCCAGUUCCCCAUGACCAAAAUCUCGGAGGGAAAGUACAAAGUAGGCGACUCCAGCGCACUCAUCUUCAUCAGGGUGCUAAGGGCCCACGUGAUGGUGCGUGUAGGCGGAGGUUGGGACACGCUUGAGCAUUACCUCGACAAACACGACCCCUGCCGCUGCAACGCCUAUGCUCACCGCUAUCAGCAGGGUAAAGCCAGCAGUCAGGCUCCUCACAGUAAGAACUCGAGCGCCCACUCGUCCCGCUCGGCCAGCCCCGGGCCGCAUUACAAACCCUCCGAGCGGCGCUCCCUGGAGCCUUCGGCACCCUGCGCUCCCACCUCUUCCUCAUCGUCCUCCCCCAGACUCACACGGGCCAACCUGAGAGACGCAGAGUCGAACAGGGGCAGGACGAACGGCACGCUGCUGCCCAAACCUCCCCGAGACAGAUCAGAGCCUCGGCAGUUCAUCCCCAUCAGGAAUAAAGACACUCUCUACCCUUUGACUCGCCGUCUCUCUGGAGACAGUGACUCUUCUACUGCCUCCUCUAAAGGUGGCGGAGUAACAGGAGGAGGCGGAGGAGGACGUUCGUCUUUAGGAUCUCGUCGUGUUAAAGGGGAAGAGCUGGUCUUCCUGGUCACCCGAAAAGAAGGCAAGCAUGAGAUCGAGCGGACAGGGGGCGGACAGAUGCCCAUUCUUCACCCGCCUCAGCCACGAACUCGCAGCACCUCCAGAGAACGUCCUGCACCUGCUCCCUCCUCCCCAGGCAAAAUGAAGCCCUGCCCGCCCCAAGGCAACCCCACACGCUUCGAGAGGGGCCGAUCGUUGGGGCCAGAUGGGCCUCGAAGACUCCAGACUUCCCGCUCCCUCAGCCAAGGUAAAACUCCACAACGUGGGCGAGUAAGCGACGGCACACCCGCUUCGCCUCGCCACCGAGAAGCCCAAGAUGACCCGAGAUCUAAGCAGGUGCCUCCAGGUUCACCUAGGCUAAGCGGAGGCUUCUCUAAGAGACAAAUGCCCUCAUCAGCCUCUAACUCACCUGUUAAAGGGGUCACCGGAAGUCCUAUGAAGAAGAGCACAGUGACCCCACGACCUCCUGCCCCACGCUCACCCUCUGUGGGGAAUCGGAGGUUGCUGCCCCCCAUCUCACAGCCAGGUCGGCGCUCUCCACACUCGACGCCCAGGUCCACACAGAGAUCACCCCACCACCACCCGCCACGGUCACCUCGGGUAUCAGGGAGGCCGACUCAGAGAGGAUGGGGCCACCAAAAUCAGCCAGUCCCCCAGGAUGACACAGGGAUUGGGUUCAGCUUGCAUUCCUUACCUGCUCUGGAUCCAAAACGUGAGAUGGAGCUGUAUCGCAGCUUCGAGGCAGAGUUUCUGGCCAACACAGGCCAGACCAGUAUGCCUGAAACAAAAGAAGGAUCAAUGCAGCUUCCUGUCUCUAAGCAGGGCUUUAGGGCAUCAAGUGACAAUAAUGUAGCAGAUUCAGCCUACUCAUCCUCUAACUCCUCUUCCUCCUCUCUGAAUGUGGGAGGAAAAGUGGGAGCCCUGCCUGACUUGCGUGAGACAAGGCGUACUAACGGCACCCGAAGCUGCGCUCUGGAGGAUCCUCCAACCUUGCUGCACAGCCAGACUCGAGCUGGUCUUCCCAAUGGGGGCUUCCGCAAACUUCCUGCCAUCCCCAGCUCCAUGGAGGAAGGAGAUCCAGGACUCUAUUCUAACCACGUCCACUCAGGUCUUCUAAUAAAUGGAGGUCACAGGGGGUUCUCAAACUCUGUGGUACCCAUGGAGGCCCAGGCGGAUUGGGCUGGUUUGGAAGGCGAUGUACCUUCGGACGAUCACGACCCAGCUCUACCUUAUGGCCAGGGUCUCUCUAAUGACCUCCCACUCCCAGACUCAUUCCCGUCACCUCCUCCACCAGAGGACUGCUCCUACAAUGACUCCUCGAGCGAGAGCUCUUCCAUGUGUCUCAGCCUGAGCGAGCCGGUUUCUGAAGGUUCCUGCAGCCCCCCGUCCUCCCUGGCUAACGGAAACGCAGACGGCACUGUGGUCCUCCGGGCCAAAAGAGGGCAGAAGAAGGCAGACAGGGUACCUUCCAUAUACAAGCUGAAAUUACGGCCACGGAUACGGCCUCGCACAGACAACAGGCCCGAGAACAGUCCAUCACGCAUCCCAACGCCGCUCAGCUACAGAGAGCUACAGCAGCGGAAGGCUUCCGGAAAUAUGACGCCGCCACAGUCACCGUGCGCCCGCAAAAAUCUGCACCAAGCCUUUGGCGACGUCAUCCACCAACAACGGAGAUCAGCCAGCGUGGGUUCCAGGGAACGCUCUUUCUCGCCAGAGUCCAGCCCGGACCCGGACGCCUGGAUGUAAUCCGGACUUGAUGUUGUAGACGUUGACGUCGAGGAUGACUCGCUUCCCGUUCUUCCUGAACUUUCCACAACCCCGUGCACCUACAGAAGGCUACAUAGAGACAGGAGAAAGUCUGAAAGCUGUGAUUCUCAUCUAGAAAGCUGCUAAAACACUAAAACAACAGCGGCGUCUAUUAGCAUGAGCUUUUCUCCAAGCAUGUCACGAAUCUCUCCAGCCUGAGCCUGGACACUUUUUUCCCCACUGACUCCCAAAAAAAAAAAAAGACCCAACAACUACCAAAGGAUGUAUUUCGCCUAGCACGUUACGCAACUUCUUUUUUAGUUGUAUGAGAAUAUUUAUAGCUCGGCUGGGUUUUUUAUUCUCUUCCUUGUGAAACCUUUCUGGUUAAAGCGCGCUAUAUACUUCAGGAAGACGAAAAGGAGGAAACGAGAACGGUGACGAAAGAGUCGGCUACAACGCACGGGGUUCUCUCGGGGACCAAAGUCUGAUGUGUCACUUCGGUGGGCGGAAAAUAUUGAUGAGACGUCUGACGGAAGUGAGAAACCGGCGCCCAUGUUUCCCGUGACGUCCUCGCCAUUACGAGUCGGAUUGCGUCCUCGCCAUUACGAGUCGGAUUGCGUCCUCGCCUUUACGAGUCGGCCUGUCGAUCGGAUUGCGUCCUCACUCGGACAAAUGCGUACGACUUUCGCUUUGUUGUCUUGACCGGACCUAAAGCGGAUUAUGUUCCUACUUGAUUAUUAAGACUUUUAAAUAAGUUGCGCUUAUUUUAUUUGGGGUUGCUAUAGCGACAGCUUACUUCCAAAAGGACAAACUGGGUCCGGGUUUUUUUUUCUCUAUCCGUCUCUGAGAACAUCGUUUAUUUAAACAUACACUAAAGGAGGAGGAGUUUGUAGCUGUCAAUCAAGCUAGUUUGGAUCAUAUUGGACUGCCACAUUGGUGCAAACUCACUCAGUGAAAUGGUGCGGAACGUAGAAAGGCUGGAACCGAGACUACGUUUGCAUUUUCUGCCAUUUUUUUUUGAAAAUACCGUAUUUUCUGGACUGGUGGGGAACCCGUAGAUUCUGGAAAAAUCUUCUAGAAAACUCUGUCUCUGUGUGUGGGUACAUUUCACAUUUUACCUCUAGCAUACACUCGUAAAAAAAAAAGUUAUCUUUAGCACCUUUCUUCCCUCUGUGGAAACCGUUAAAGGUUCCGUGUAGAGCCCUAUGACACAAGGUUCUGAAAAGACCCAUUUACAAAAGGUUCAGAGUAGAAGCUCCUUAGAAAGCGUUCCAUUUUCUAUAAAGAACUUGAGUCAAGAUCUUCAGGGCUUCAGUGGACUCCAGCUGUCAUGGGUUCUAUAAAUAGACGGAACCCUGUAUUUUAAAUAACUGUUUUGAGGUGCAAAGAAGUUCAGUGUUCCAGCAUUCUAGAACGUUUUCUGAAAGUUCAACUCUUUUGUGAGCGUCAGCAUAGAACGAUCGAGGGUUCCCUGGCAUAUUCAAACCGAAGCUGUUUAAGGGUUCUAGAUUCGAUCUAAAAGACAUGGCGUACAGGCAGAUCUUUCAGAGUUUCUCAAAUAGAAAUAGUUUUACCUAGAACCAUUAAACAUCAAAGGAACUUUUAAGGAACCCUGUUUUUCCUAAGAAUAUAAAAGUUCUAAAUUUAAAAUAAAUUUUAAAAAAAGGUUCCUCAUGGGUUGUUUAAUCCUUAAUGCUUCUAGCGUUCUAAUGGAAAACUCUCUGCUGUAAGGUUCCUUGUAGAACCUUUUACUCCCACAAAUGCAAUCUGAAGAACCUUAAGGGUUCUGGAACCUUCUUUUAAAGACUGUAGCAAGUUAGUGAAAUAGUAAUAAAUAAAUCGUAACUAGUCAGCUAGAACCCUUUAGGAUUUUAAAGAGCCUUUCUGUGUGAAAAAACUGUCAAAUAGAGAUGGUUCUACCUAGAACCAUGAACCAAAGCAAAGGAACCUUAAAAUAAUGCUGUUUUUUCCUAAGAGUAUAUUUAUGGUAUUGCUGAGCAUCAAAUAAAAUAGUGUUCCUUGAGGGUUUCCUAAAAUAGUAAUAUUCCUCUGUCAUAGGGUUCUGUGUAGUACCUUUUAGGGUUCUCGCACAAAUUCAAACCUAAAAAUCUUAAGGGGUCUAGGUUCAACCUAGAGUACAGUUAUAUGAGAGUAUAGUUAAAGUAUUGCUGAACAUCAGCUGGACAAUUAUUUUUUUUAAAAAAGGUUCCACAGGGGUUCUUUAAAUGGUUUUAUCUUUUUGAAGGAAAACCCUCAGUUGUAGGGAUGUGCACAGAACCGCUGAAGGUUCUCCAAAGAACGUUUAAAGUUCUAGGUUCUUUUUUUUUUUUUUAAAGGAACAGGGCCAAAUUGUAAGUCAUUAUCUAAUGCAAGAAAACUGUACUAGAACUUUUUCAGGAACCCAAUCUUCAGAGUGUAGCUUUUAUUUUUUUUUUAAAAGGGUUCUUUAAAUGUUUAAUAGUUCUAGCUUUCUAAAGGAAAAACACUGUUCUGUUGGGUUCUGCGUAGAGUCUUUUAGAGUUCUCAGAAGAACUUAACGGGUUCUGAAUUCAGCGUUUUGAAGGAUUGUUCUUUAAUCCCCGGAGAAGUUCCGUUCAGCUAGGAUUUGGUGAUUUCUGCUAGCGGAAGAUAAAAACGUCGUCCAGAAAAUACGGUAAAUCCGUUAACUCGCCUGAUCACGGCUGCUUUUCCAGAAACUUCCACACGCUAGAUUAUAACUGUACACACGGUUGCUGGACUCACUCGCUUAUGAAAAUAUUUAAAAAUA